CUUACAACAUAGUGGGGAGAAUCGGCAUGUCCUGACACAAUUUGGAACAACAUUGACAAACGUUUGGACGGCGAAACGGAGAGGUGAGAUUCAGUGCGGUGAAGAUUGCGGUAAAACCUCGCGGUCGCGAGGUUUGAAGCGAGGUCAACUGACAUUGAAUCUCACCAAAUCUAUCAUUCAAAUACAUGAAAGCAGACUCGAGAACCCGAUAAACGGUGCAACGAACGUUGAAAUUAGCAAGUAAAUGAAACGUGUCACUCAGGCAAUCUUGGCUUCUAGAAGUACGUACACGCGUAUUUUGCUUUCUUUACAACGGACGUGUAAAACAGCAUGUAGUUAAUUUAAACGAUAUAUUAUUGAACAAUAUUACGAUGCACACAUAUCGUAGAACGCGUGAAUGAUCAUGGAAAUGCUACAAGAGAGGAUGUCUACGGAAAGUGAAAAUGACAAUGAAAAUAUCUAUUCCUACUACACGUAUUGCCGCACAGAGGUGACAUCGAGAACUUUCACGUCCGUAUGGAAUCUCCGCGACUUUUGGACCAUAUACGAGACAAUGACUGUCUUACAGUUGAACACAGACGACGAGCAGCUACCCUUUAACAUUUUCAUGAAAGUCGAUAGAAAAGAUGAGAAGUUUACUUUCUACAUCAAGCAUUCUUCGCCGGACAAACGUUUGACGUAUAACGUUAUGUUGCAGUCAGUUGUGUCAGAUAGGUAUCACACUAUACCCUCGCGUUAUGACGACGAUCAGUUGAGUUAUGAAGUAACAAAGUCCCUUCUCACGGAAGAACUGAAAGGAUUCGUCACUCGUGAUACACUCCGAGUGGUCGUUAAGGUCUACACCGUCGAAUGCAUCGUGCACAACACUAUAUAUACCACGGUAUUGCACAACUAUACAAUCCAGAAUUAUAAAACAGACAUAAAAAACUUGCCCCUUUGCAACUCUUCCACAUUUGUCGCGUUCAGGGUGGACGACAGGGAGAUUCUGGUGAAUACAGAAUUGCUUAGCGCAAGGAGCAACUACUUUCGAGAUUUGUUCAAAAAUAACAGACCAGAAAACAUAACAAUAGACGUAGACGACGUAUCGCUAGAAGUCGUGAUAACGUUUCAAACUUUUAUACAGUACGGCAACACGUCUUUCCUAAAAUAUUCCGACAUUCACAGACUCUUUUCGCUUUUUAUAAUGGCUAAGAGAUACGGUGUGAGUGAUCUUGGAAUAAUUUGCGAACAAUACAUAAAAGAGCUUCUCCUUCAAAAAGAGAAUAUUUUUCGAUGUGACGUAUCGCUCGACGUUUUAUUUUUUGCAUACGAAAAUGACGUAAAAGAUCUGCUGCAAUUUGCUGUUAAUUUCAUCGCAUUAAAUAUCAAUGAUCAUAUCAAUACUAAAAAGUUCAUAGAUAUCAUACAAAAAUAUCCCACAUUGCUUUCUCUACUCAAUGAAGCCAAAAUAAAUACACGCAAAGCAUACUACCAAUUUUGAUAAACGUAAACGCUAGGAAAGUGGUAUAUUGCAACAUGUUAUUAACAAUAUUAUUUUAUGGUAAAUUGAUAUUCGUACAGACGUUUGGCAUUUCAUAAGAUAAUCCAUAGUGAACAAUAAUCAGUUAAAUUUAUUUCUACCGCAGUUUAAUAUGACUAUAAAACAGACCAGUUUACCGUUUACCAAUUUAUUUA